AUGCUCGGCAAGGAAGACCCCAGGAAGAAACACUUUCCAAUACUAGAAGACCACCCUGUGGGAAAACAACAUGCACAAGAAACCGUGGAGACAUUUGGUACAGUAACAAAUAACAUCAAAAAGCUAAUCAAGGAGUUCAAAAUUUAUAGAUGGAGCCCUGAUAAUCCCAACCAGAAACAAAAUCUCCAUUCUUACUUCAUAGAGAUAUCCAAAUGCGGCCCAAUGGUAUUGGAUGUGUUACAGAAGAUAAAGGCAGAGGAUGACGCAACCUUGGCCUAUAGGAGGUCAUGCAGGGAAGGGAUCUGUGGAUCCUGUGCCAUGAAUAUUGAUGGGACUAACACUGUGGCCUGCCUUACGCCUAUUGAUGCAGACACUAGCAAGGCCACUAUUAUAACUCCUUUGCCUCACGCGUUUGCGAUCAAAGAUCCUGCUGUUGAUCUCACCAAUUUCUACCAGCGGUCCAUAGAGCCAUGGCUUAAGACAACGAAGGCACCUGAAGACGGACGAGAAUACAGACAGAAAGAAGCUAGAUGGAUCAUAACUUUGCAUAAGCUUUUCUCCUCAAUCCCUUUCCUCUCAAUCCUUCCACCAUUUCCCAUCCUUAGAAGGCUUGGUCCAUCUAAGAGGGUUCAAUCUAGUAAUUUUUCAAAAUCAACAAGACAGAAUCACAGGAAGCCGGAUGGUCGUCCUGUACCACAAGUACAAGUAGAACCGCUGUCUCCUCGCUCCUAUAUUAUUCCAGCUGCUAUACUAGGAUUUGCUGGAUUGGCAGCUUUUGUGCAUUAUAAUGAUGAGAGGAGAGCAGUUCCAAAAGGUCAAGGCAGUAAUUCUGUCAACGUCAAGGGUCCGACUAUUGGUGGUCCGUUCACCCUAAUUAACACAGAGAAUAAACUAGUUACUGAGAAAGACUUUCUAGGAAAUUGGGUUUUGCUGUACUUCGGCUAUACAUCCUCCCCUGAUGUUGGGCCUGAGCAACUUAAAGUGAUGGCCAAGGCCAUAAACACAUUAGAGUCUAAAGAGAAUCUUAAGGUUUUGCCCUUGUUUGUCACACUCGAUCCUCAGCGUGACAAUCCCUCACAUCUUCGUGCUUACCUUAAAGAGUUUGAACCAAGAAUAGUAGGAUUAACAGGACCUGUUGGUGCUAUAAGGCAGAUGGCGCAAGAGUACCGUGUUUAUUUCAGGAAAGUUGAAGAGGAAGGAGAUGAUUAUCUUGUCGAGUCUUCUCAUAACAUGUAUUUAAUCAAUCCAAACAUGGAGGUUGUAAGAUGCUUUGGUGUUGAGUAUAAUGCAGAGGAGCUAUCAGAAGCAAUACGAAAGGAAUUGAAGAGAACCUCUGCUUGA